AUGGCUGAAACUGAACAGGAUGUUGGGGAGAAGCUGGCAGUCAGAAUUCAGAACCUCAAAGAAAAUGACUUCAUUGAAAUUGAACUGAAAAGACAAGAGCUGAGUUAUCAAAACCUACUGAAAGUAAGUUGCUGCGAACUGGGGAUUAACCCAGAGCAAGUGGAGAAGAUCAGAAAACUACCAAACACACUGCUCAGAAAGGACAAAGACAUUCAAAGACUACAGAACUUUCAGGAAGUGGAACUCAUUUUAACGAGAAGUGGAAGCACUGAAUUAACAGACCACAUGCCAUCUCUGAUCGAGAAGCCCUGCUACAACAGCAAUGCUGCGAAAAUGACUUACUAA